AUGGAACAAAAUGAGAAGUUAAACAACAACCCCACUCGAGAGGAAAUCAAGCAUGUAGUUUUUGGGUUGAAUGGAGAUUCAGCAGGAGGGCCAGAUGGUUUUACUGGACUUUUCUACCAAUCUUGCUGGGAGAUUAUAGGUGAAGACAUUGUGCAGAUGGAGAUAGUCACAGAUAUGAGGCUCAGAACUAGAGCUGGUCCUAAUGUUGUGAUCAAACUCGAUAUGACGAAAGCAUAUGAUAGGUUUUCAUGGUUAUUUCUUACUAAAGUGCUGAGGAAAGUGGGAUUCUCUGAAAGGUUUAUUGGGUUGGUAUUUGAUUUGAUUGGAAAUAAUUGGUAUUCAGUUCUAAUAAAUGGACAGCCACAUGGUUUUUUCAAAUCAUUGGGGGGAGUAAAGCAAGGGGAUCUAUUGUCUCCGACACGUUUUAUUCUGGCUGCUGAAGCUUUGUCAAGGGGAUUGAAUUCGCUGCAUACAAACCUCUACUUUUAUGGCUUUGGAAUGCCUAAAUGGAGCCCAAAAAUCAAUCAUCUUGCAUACGCAGAUGACACCAUAAUCUUCAGUUCUUCUGAUGCAACUUCUCUUCGACUUAUCAUGGAGAUCCUACAAGUAUAUGAAAAUGCAUCGGGACAGCGGUUUAAUAAAGGUAAAUCUGCUGUAUAUAUUCAUCACUUGGUAGAUCAAGAAGUAGUAAGGAAAGUGGAGAGGACUACUGGAAUUGGUAGGCAGGACUUCCCUUUCACCUAUCUGGGAUGCCCAAUUUUCUAUGCUAGGAGGAAGAUGGAACACUAUCAAGGAUUGCUGACCAAAGUCCUUGACAAAUUGCAAACCUGGAAAGAUUUUGCGAUUGAUGAUAACAUACACAAUGUUAGUGAUGUGGGUGAGGAUGAAACAAAGGGUAAUUUCACUGUAAAGUCAGCAUGGGAUUAUUUAAGGAGGAGGGAGGAUCCUAGAAGAGCAUAUUGUUUGAUUUGGAUUAAAGGUAUGCCUUUUAAAAUUGCUUUCUUUAUGUGGAAAAUAUGGAGAGCAAAGCUGCCUCUUGAUGACUUCAUGCGCAAAUUAGGCUAUUCAAUGGCAUCUAAGUGUUGGUUUUGUGCAGAACCAAAUGAAGAAACACUAACACACCUAUUCUAUACAGCAAACGCAGUAAGGACAGUGUGGAAAUAUUUCCUAAACAUGGCAGGAAUAGCAACGGAGGGUCUGAGUUUGCAUCAGGCAAUAACAAAGUGCUGGACAGCAGCUGUAUUGCCAAGAAUUAAACCAAUACUACAAGCCCUACCUUCGUGUAUCUGUUGGGAAUUAUGGAAAAGGAGAAAUAUCUUAAAACAUGGUGAAGUUGUAUCUGUUAGUCGGGUUAUUUAUCAGGUGUCCAACACAUUACAAUCACUCAUAAAACUGAGAAAACUAGGACUGCAUGUUCCUCAUAAAUGGCAGGACAUGUUAUUGGUGCUCGAGAAUUAUACUCCUAAGCUGAAAUUUGAGAAAGUGCCUUGGGAGUUUCCAUUGGAAGGAUGGAUUAAAGCUAAUACUGAUGGUGCAUCUAGAGGCAAUCCGGGAAGAAGCUCGAUUGGGGUGUGCUUGAGAGAUGAAUAUGGUGAUGUUCAGUAUACUGUAGGUUGGGAAAUUAAUGAGGGCUCAAACAAUGAAGUGGAAGCUGAAGCAAUGGUGGAGCCAUUGAGAAUAAGCAGGUCAUUGAAUUACUCUAACAUAUGGCUACAAACUGACUCGUUGUUAAUGAAAAAUAUAAUAGAUGGCAUAUGGAAACCUCCAUGGAACAUUGUGGAACAAGUGGAGGAAAUAAGGAGAUUGAAGGAGAGAUGCAACCUAAGAAUAUCACAUAUUUUCAGAGAAGGGAACAAGCUGUCAGAUCACCUAGCAAACUAUGCAUUGGAUUUUGGUCCUAUUGAAGCGUAUCCUUUUAGAGAUCUGGACAAUCAAAGCAGGAAGAUAGUAAAUGAAGAUAAAUCACAAUGCCCGUAUAUCAGAGUGAAGGUUUCAAGGAGCUAA